AUGAAUAUGCAAGGGAAGUUAUCACAAAUAAAAAAGUUACUAGAAUUGCAAACUUUUCAAAAUAAUGAAACAAGAGAAAAUCUAAUAAAAUUAUUAAGGGAAUUAUAUUUAAUUUACAUGUUUUAUGAGACUGAUAACAUAAACAAAAUUCUUAAAUAUAGAAGAGAACAUAAAUCUAUUUUACGUUUAUUGCUUGUUCAUGUAGAUAGUGAAAAUCAUAUUAACAAUGGAGAAAAAAUUUUAAUGAUUAAUUUAUUAAAAAUAAUGGAAAAAAAAGUAGAUAAACUUUUUUCAUAUUAUCCAAAUAUAUGGAAAGGAUACAAUUCUUCUUUUUUUUUUUAUAUCUCUAUGCAAUAUGAUGACAAAAAUUUAAUUAAUACUUUUUUUUCUAUUUUAACAAAUUCUAAAAAUUCAUAUAAGAAUAUAUAUAUUUCCAUGUUAUUAUUUAAGUCUAAUGAUUUUCUAACUAAAAUAAAAACAUUAAAAUUUAUUUUUCAAAAGUAUAUUUUAAGUAAUGGAAAUAAUGAAAAUAACGUUCAUGAAGGAGAGGAUAUUUUUAAUGAAAAAACGAUUUUUACUAAUUUUCUAACAGAACAAAAUGAUUCUAAAAAAAUUACAGAACAAAUAAUGAGUUGUUUUUUCUUUUCUAUAAUAUCUGACUUAAUUAAAAAUGAUUAUAUCACUUUACUAAACGAAACUAAAAAAGAAAAUGAUGAAAUUAUUUUGAAAUGUAUAAAUGAAAAAGUGGGUACUGUGGAAGAAAAAUCUAAAAAUAAUUAUAUAAAAAGGUUAAUUUAUUAUUCUGUUAAAAAAAAUAUAUUUUAUAGUUAUUUUAAUCUAAAUGAAAAUAGUAAUAUAUUGAAUGAAAGUACAAAUGAAAAUGAAACAAACAUAGACAAAAGUUUUUGGGAAGAGGAAAAUAGGAAAUUAAGUAUCAUUAAAAAAGAAAAUUUAUAUUAUGAUAUAGAAAAGGAUAAAAUUCUUUGUAAUAAAAUAAAAAGUCAUUAUAAUGAGAACUUUUUGAAUGGAAUUUUUUUUUAUAUAAGAAAUUUGAUAAAAAAUUAUGAAAAUUUUUGUUCAUCAAAGAAUAACUUGAAUAAGAUAGAAAAGAAUUAUGUUUCAUGCUGUUUAAUCCAGUGUGUAUCUAUUUUAUUUAAUAUAUGUUGCCUUAAUAACAAAUUUGUAAAUAACUCUUAUAAUUUGAUAAAAGAUAUGAAAAAAAAAUUAUCAGAUUACAUGAAUUGUUCUAUUAUCGUUUCAAUAGCUGAAUUUAUUUUGUUUUUUUCUUCUGAUGAAGAAUUUGUUAGAGUAUCUAACUAUUUGUUUUCGUUUUUUUCAAAAGAAUAUAAAAAUUAUUUAGCAGCUAUUACCUUUUUUGAUUUUAUAAUAAAAAACGCAAACAUACUUAAUGAAAGAAAAUUUUUUUUUCAGAAAUAUUAUGUUAUAAUAUUAGAAACUUAUUUUUAUCAUUAUAGAAUUUUGAAAAAUGAUUUAAUUUAUAUUUUGCCAUAUCUAAUUUAUGAUAAUAAUUAUAGGGAUUUUUUAUGUUUCCUUUUAGACGCACCUCUCUUGAUUAAUAACGAAAACAUUGCAAAAGUAAGGGACGUUAACACAUAUAAUAAGGGAAAAGAUAAAGAUUUUCAAACUGCAAAAAAUUAUAAAACAACCCAUAAUGAAGAUGGCUUAAUUUCUUUGAAUUACAAUAAUGAUCAUCAUCAAAUUAUUAAACACACAAAAAAUAAAAGGAGAGCAAUAGAUGUAAAGGAGAAUAUGCAUAAGUAUUUUAAAAUUUAUUUUGAAACGAUUUUUUUAAGAAAUAAUGAAGUAUGGAUAUUGGAAAUAACUAAAAUUUUAUUACAUAAAUUAAGUGAUAUAGAAGUACUUGAAAUGAUAAAUAAGGAAAGUUUAAAAGAAAUAUUUAGAAAUAUAAAUAACAUAAUUAAUAACAAUUCAAGAAUAUUAUUGAUUUUUAAAAAUGAAUUUAUAAAUUUGUUAAAAAAAAAUUCAGAUAAUUAUUUUUUAAUAAAGAGAAAAAUAUUAGAUAUAAUUGGACAUAAUAUAGAACAUAUGAACAUUACUUACGAUAAAAUUGAAGAUUAUUAUAUAACUUUAAAUUCUUUUUUUUCAAAUAAUAAUUUUAAAGAAUUAAAAUAUUGGAUAUCUUUAAUUCAUGCUUUCACUAAUAUUGCACUAUAUUGUCAUGAUUUAGCUAAUAAUAUUUUAAAUACAUAUAAAAAUUUUAUUUCUCAAAAUAACGUUACAUUAAUACUAAAAUAUAUAGUUAUGGAAAAUAUAAAUAUUAUAGAAAAUAAAUCGUAUGCUAAGAAUAUAAAUUUUACAAAAUAA